AUGGAGUAUAACUAUCGUCUUCAGUAUCCAGAGCAAGCCACCGUUGCCACUGUUCCAACCGCUACAGGCAGCUCUCAGAUCCCAACAUGUUUACCAAGAGAGUCGCGUGUCAACGAUCYCAGAGACGACGUCAUUUACCUCGGGAAGGUUGCAAGACAACUAGACCGCACGACAAAUGAGGCACCUUCGCCAAACCUCACCAGUGUACAGAGGCCUAAGGGCAAAACCUCUACAAGGCUUUACCACAAGCGCCCCCACAAAGUAGGAAAGGGAACUGGGGGAUCGAAGGGCUCAGGUGGUAUGGUCAUACCGGUGCUGAUAAGAAACAAAAAUAUUCGAAUAGGUCAUGCACGAGACUCUGGCGGACAGGCAUAUGGCUUUUUCGACAAGGCUGGACGUUUUCGUCUCCAGGUGGAAGUGGAUCGGUCUGGUGGGCGCGCAGAUCCGGGGCCGUUCAUGGUUAUGGAGCCAAUAUCCCAUGUGCAGGUGUCAUACAGUCGACAGUACCAGAAUCUGUCAAGAAAAGAAUUGCGCAACGAAAUCUGUAAACGGCUAACGCAGGGCAUCAUUGAUCCACUGUCGCAGGGAGAAAUUUAA